AUGGACCAUUCUUCUUCCUAUAUCUCAUGGAAAUACAGCCUGGAAGAACCAAGACCGGACCGUCCUCCCUGGUCCAACAAGCAGCGUCUUGACCAGGUGUGGUAUAUGGGUCUGACUGACUUCGACCCAGGCUCGGAGGGCCAUUACUGGAACAACCAUGGCGGCAGAGUGACUCUCGCUGGCGAUGCUGCUCAUGCCAUGACCUACCAGCGCGGUCAGGGGCUCAACCACUCUGUCACCGACGCUGCGAAGCUUGUAAACGCCGUCACCGACGCGGUAUCUGGCCUCUCGUCCCAAGCCACCUCGAUAUCCGCGUAUGAAGACGAGAUGAUUGCCAGAACCGGAGGCGAGGUCAGGUUGUCGACUGUGAAUACAGAGAUGCUGCACGACUGGGAGCGGGUGCUCGCGUCUCCAGUGCUGACCUCGGGAAUGAAGCAUAAACACUGA